ACACGCUAAAAACAAUCACCGCCGACCCUCACCGUCUCUCGCUGUUGGAAAUCCACAACCGACUCGUCCCCAGAUUAACAGCCAACAGCCACCAUCACCAUGGCUGACACCGCCGUCGAGAACCCGGCCAACACCGUCCCGCCGCACAAGAAGCAGCUCCCUUCAUCGAUACCGAACUUUGAUACCCUCGAGGGCUUCUCCACAGAGGGAAACGAUGACUACUCGACCUUCAAGAAGCUGCAACGGCAACUGGAGUACAUCCAUUUGCAGGAAGAGUACAUCAAAGAUGAGCAGCGGAGUUUGAAGAGAGAGUUGGUGAGAGCACAAGAAGAGAUCAAGCGUAUUCAGAGUGUACCGCUCGUGAUAGGGCAGUUCAUGGAGGCCAUCGACCAGAACACCGGCAUCGUACAAUCAUCAACCGGCUCCAACUACGUCGUCCGUAUCCUCUCCACCCUCGAUCGCGAACUCCUCAAACCAUCCUCAUCUGUUGCGCUACACCGCCACUCAAAUGCCCUCGUCGACAUCCUACCACCAGAGGCUGACUCGUCGAUUGCCAUGCUUGGCCAAGAUGAGAAGCCCGACAUCACGUAUGCCGACGUCGGAGGUCUGGAUAUGCAGAAGCAGGAGAUUCGGGAAGCUGUUGAAUUGCCCCUCACACACUUCGACCUCUACAAGCAGAUCGGUAUCGAUCCACCACGCGGUGUAUUGUUGUACGGACCUCCGGGUACAGGAAAGACUAUGUUGGUCAAGGCUGUAGCCAACAGCACCACAGCAUCCUUUAUCCGCGUCGUCGGCUCCGAGUUCGUGCAGAAGUAUCUGGGUGAGGGUCCACGUAUGGUUCGUGACGUGUUCAGGAUGGCGCGCGAGAACUCACCAUCCAUCAUCUUCAUUGACGAGAUCGACGCUAUUGCUACCAAACGUUUCGAUGCGCAGACGGGUGCCGACCGAGAAGUUCAACGUAUUUUGCUCGAGCUACUCAACCAAAUGGACGGUUUCGACCAGACAUCCAACGUCAAGGUCAUCAUGGCAACGAACCGUGCGGAUACCCUCGACCCUGCGCUACUCCGACCCGGUCGUCUCGACAGGAAGAUUGAAUUCCCUUCGCUACGUGACCGCCGUGAGCGUCGUCUUAUUUUCUCCACCAUUGCCGGAAAGAUGAGCUUGUCGCCUGAAGUAGAUCUCGACAGCUUGAUUGUCCGCAACGACCCCCUCUCCGGUGCCAUUAUUGCGGCCAUCAUGCAGGAAGCAGGUCUGAGAGCUGUCCGCAAGAACAGGUACAACAUCAUCCAGAGUGAUUUGGAGGAAGCAUACACGAGCCAGGUCAAGGGUGCAGCUGAGGCUGACAAGUUCGACUUCUAUAAGUAAGCGAAUUCGCUGCUUAGUUGUGAGGAGAAAACUUAAUGCGCGAGAGAGAUGUGGCAUUGUACUACUAGAUAGACUAGGCCUUCGAGUUAUGAGCGUUGCAGAGGCGUGUACCGUCGUAACUCUGUUAAUGCAUGAUACUACGUGAACACAUCUGUAUCGCCUGCUUCUUCAUUGCUUCUCGCG